GCCCGAACCAAAUGAAAAUGGCGUCUACAAAAAUUCUCUCCCAUUUUGGUUAAACAAAAAAUAAAAACAUAUCAAGGUCUACAUCUUAUUGCUUAAAUAUCAAGGCAUAUCAAGGCCUAUAUCUUAUUCAUUACAUAAGGAUUAUCACUGAAAUUUCCAUACAUGUAGGAGCUAUGAGAUAUUGAUUGACAAGAUGGCUACUAAGGAGAAAUUGUUUUUACCAAACCAUUUAUGUGUUCUGUGUGGAUUUUCGUUCCUGAGGCAGGAGUCGAACAGCAUACCUGUUAUCAACAACGCAUACAGACUCCAUCUGACAGAACAUCGGUUAAAUAACAUAAAGGAGGUUAUGGCACCCCUUGAUCCUACGAUUGCCAAAGAGGAGCUGAAAAACAACAGUGUCUGUACAGAUUGUUAUAAAGAUAUCGAAAGCUAUUUGAAAAUUGAGGAAAAAUUAACGGUGUUUAAGAUGGUUUUAGUAGAAAGACGACUAAAAGUUAAGGCCAUGUACAGUACGGUUCAAUCACUGGGGGUCGUUAAGCAAGAUGGAAAGCUGGUAGUAACACCCAGUGCGUUGACCAUCCAGCAAAAGACAGGAAAUAUUUCAUUUAGGCCUGCCCAGAAUCUGUGUGACCAAACCAAAGGACGGACCGCAGCUGAUUUGAUUAGUUUGUUAGCUCACCACAUCGAAAAAAAGUCUGAAGAUUCGGUACCAGUGCCGUCAGCUAAUCCUAGCGAUAAUACAAAUCCAGGGUGUCAGACUACUCCGUCAGGCCAGCCCUCAGAGAUGGACAGUCUUAGUACAGAACUAACAUUACAAGACCAGACAGUCCAGCCCAAACCACCUCGGUCCACCUUUAGUCUGAAAAUUCUAGAAGGAAAAGCUAUGCACUCCGAAGUUGAGGAAAAUAUUUCAGAAAAUACUAAAGGUGAGCCAAUGGAUUAUCAGAUCACACUGAACGAAACUGACAUGGACCAGAAUGCAUCUUGCACCGAUACAAAAAUUAUAACACCCACACCGUCACAAAACCAUACAGGACAAUUUAUAACGCAGUCGACCACUUCCAAACCUAAUUCUAGCUCGAAUAGUUUAAUACAGUGUAACAUUAUCCGAACAUCUGAUGGGAAAUUGUUAUUGGUGCCAUCCAUCAAUCAAGAUAAUUUGGACAAGACAGCACAGAAAUCGCCAGAAAAACUUGUAUCAUUAUCUUCUCAAGCUCCAUCAAACCAGAUCACUAUUGGUCAAAAUUCAUCUGGAACAAAGGUUUUCCAACGUUCGCUGCUACCAAAACAAACGGGACAAGUUAUAAUGAUCCCGUCAUCAGGUCCAUUGAUAUCAAGAUCAGAGGAAAUAAAUACCAGAUCACAGUUUAAUGAUGAUGGUAUGUCAAGUUUACGGUAUCGGACAGGACAAGUUAUUACAUCGCUGCCUCAAUCUUGCCAUGUAAACCAAUCAGAGCUCUCAGCAAAUCAGCAAACGAAUACGCUAUUCGUAUCCUCCCAUGCUCCGCAAAACCCCAGUAAACCAGGUCAGAGUUGUUCUGCAGUUGGAAGUCAUAAACAAAGGAGGGAAAAUAAAAUGAAAGUAGCAAGGACAUACUUAUAUCCGACAGGCCGACAAGAUGUAAGUUCCAUUACUCCACUGAACCAGCACAUUACAGAUCCAAGUCCAAUAACAACCAUCAACCAACCUUUGUCUUUCUCCAGUAAUAAUGUAGGAGGUCCGAUAACGAAUAAUUCUGUUGUCACGACAAUCAAAGAAGAAAUGGUGGACUUUGCUGAACCUUUGUCAGAUAAUGAUGAUGAAGUUAGUGAAGGAAGUAAUCAUUGUUCAGUACUAUCCAUUAAGGAAGAAUUUCCACAAGAUGUUGAAACAGAGGAUGCAGAAUCAGCUAACACAAAUUAUGAACUGAGUUUACUGGAUAAUCAAGGCGGAGAAGUUUCAAACACGUCUACAGGACUUGAAGGAUUUCAAACUGACAAUAAUGCAUUGGUUUGCGGAAUAUGCAAUCUGUCAUUUGAAAAUACACAACUAUUAUUAAAGCACAUGCAAGCUCAUAGUGAUGAUAAAAUUUUUAUGUGUGAAUAUUGUGAGGCUUCUUUUGAAACAUCAGAAAUUUUACAGACACAUGUUUUAACGUGUCUUGUACUGGGACGCAAAAAUUACAAAUGUCAUAUUUGCGGUAAUUGUUUUCCAACAGAUGCCAAUUUACGACAUCAUUUAAAGACUCAUGCUUAUAAAUGUGACGUUUGCACGAAAAUAUUUAAAUGCGAUGAAGAUUUUCAGAAGCAUUUGACUUUAUACAAAGGGAAAAAAGUUCAUACUUGUGAAACAUGUGGUAAGAACUUUCACCUACUAGGUGGUAUCAUCACACAUAGACUUAUUCAUACAGGUGAAAAAAAUCAUAAAUGCGAUGUUUGCGGUUGUUGUUUUCGCACGCUUUUUCAGUUAAAAAGACAUCUACGCGUACAUUCAGAAGAACGUCCCUACGAAUGUGAUAUAUGCUUUAAAAGAUUCAAACACGUGUCUAAUUUAACGGCUCAUGCAUUUAUCCAUACCGGAUUAAGACCACACAAAUGUGACAUAUGCAGUAAAUCGUUUCGGUGCAUCUCAUCUUUACAUAAACAUGUUUUAAGACAUACGAAUAUGAAACCCCAUAAAUGUGACAUAUGUGAGAUGCGAUUUUUUGUGAAACGAGAAUUAGUGCAACAUGCUAAUACUCAUUGGAAAUAAUUUAUCCUAAUCAUAACUACGAGUAUACAGACUCCUGAUUAAAGAUACAUUAUGGGAGAUUAGAUAAAGAGCUGGCAGUUCUCACUAUAAUAGUUAAAAACUAGAUAAUGUAAAGGCAAUUUGCUGAAAAUUUCAGUCAAAUUGAUCCACUAUGAACAGAGAAUUAAGCGAUUGAAAUAUUGGCCUAGCCUCGAUCAUCAUUACUAAAGUCUGUACGAUAAAAACAUAGUCUUGAUCAUCCAUUUCAUGAUUAAAUUAUAAAUGGAAGUCGAGCAGCAAAAGGGAUCAUAAUCCAGUAAAUAUCGCAGGCUAGCGAUGCCAUCGUGAGUUGAUUAUGGUCUGUAUAAGUUAAUUAAUAUCUAAUUAAUACUUUAGAUAACAUUUCAGGUCUAAAGAAAGACCUGCAAUAGGCAGAUUUAGCUCUUGUAUAAUGUAUGUUUAAUGUUAGUUUGGGAUUCCUCUCUCUUUUCAUUUGGUUUCACUAAGCGAAUUAUAAGGACACUUGAUUUACAAGUUAAUUGAAACUAUUUCUGAUUAAAGGAGGUAAAUCGCUAUUCUUUAGCACCUAUAUGUAGAAAUGGAUACAAAUGGGUCGCAACGCAUAUAAUAAUGUAAUAUGAAUGUACAUAAACUGAAUUAGAUUCAAUUGUUUCUGUUUUUAUACGCCCACAUUGAAAUGUCGUCGUAUAUUGUUGUCGCCCCGUCCGUCGGUCCGGUGUCCACAAUUGCUUGUGAACGCUCUAUAGGCUAAAGUUAAUAUCUGAUUGACUUUAAAUUUAUACACAGUGUUUAAGGUCAUGAGACAAAGAAGCCUAUUGAUUUUCAGCGAUUUUCGAUAAUUACUGCCAGAGUUAUGGCUCUUGAUCACUUCAAAAUAUCUUGUGGACGCUCUAAAGGUCAAAGUUAAUAUCCGAUUGACUUUAAAUUUAUACACAGUGUUUAAGGUCAUGAGACAAAGAAGCCUAUUGACUUUCAACGAUUUUCGGUAAUUACUGCCAGAGUUAUGGCCCUUGAUCACUUCAAAAAAUCUUGUGGACGCUCUAGAGGUCAAAGUUAAUAUCCGAUUGACUUUAAAUUUUUAUACACAGUGUUUAAGGUCAUGAGAUGAAGAAUCCUAUUGAUUUUCAGCGAUUUCCGAUAAUUACUGCCAGAGGUAUGACCCUUGUUACUGUAAUUUAUAAUCAGUUAUGUUUGGGGAAAUACCCGAAGAGUCUGAAUUGAAUGACAGUCUGUGGCAUCUGGUUUUUCUAGUCUACACCGGUAGUAUUCUCCUACAUGUACAUGGAAUAUGUUUAGCUUUGUUCAUCAAGUUACUUAAUGCAACUGGUGCUCAUGGCAUUCUGGCACACGAUUUGCGUGCCAAUAUUAAAAUUUUCAUUUUGUCUAUAAUAUUGGAUAUCAGAAGCCCACCUUUUACAGUAAGAUAACAACACCAAUGUUGAUUUAAAUUGACCAAUAAAUCGUGUUUGCAAUGUCGAAGACUGGAUGAAAUUGGAUUAAAGAUUUGGCUCCUUAAAUAACAGGGGGGUUGGAUGGCCGAAUGGUUAGCACGUGCGCGCUGUAUCAUAAAGCCUGUCAUUGAGUCAACUGGCGUGGAUUCGAAUCCUCGGUUGUACGUGACAAGGAGUAGGGUCGCCUGUCCAACCUCGUGGGUUUUCUCCGGGUCCUCUGGUUUCCUCCCACUGCUACAGACCCCUAUGCGCAAUCGAAUUAUUGAAAUAAAAUUAAACCAUAUGUUAGUCCCGAAAUGACCUAGUUUGUGUUGAGUGGAUGUUAAUUGUUAAACCCCAUUUCUCUCUCUCUCUCUCUCCCUUAAAUAACAAUUAAUACAGUUAAACUGGUAGUCUUGAUGUGUAAAGACAUAAAAAUUAAUAUACAAUUAAUAUGAAUAAAUUGAUUAUUCUUGGGUGCUAACUCUUUGAAUACAUCAUGAUGAAGGUUUUUACGGUGAAUUAUAGGGAAACUUUCAUAACAAGAUAAUUGAAACAUAAAAUAAAUACAGUUAAAUUUGUAGUCUUUAUGUGAAAAAACAAAUAAAAAUGGUUUAAAAUAUUGAGUAUUGUAAUAUUCUCUUGCUGUUUCGGGGGUUUGGAUGGUCUAUGAAUUUAGUCAUUGAGUCAAGUGGCGUGGUUUUGAUUUCCAGCUUGUAUGUACGUGACAAGGAGUAGGGUUGUCUGACCAAUCUGGUCGGUUUUCUCCGGGUCUUCUAGUUUCCCCCAACUGCUAAAGACAGCUGUGCGAAAGCAAAUUAUUGAAAUAAAAUUGAACUAUGUGUUAGUCACGAAAUGACCUAGUUUGUGUCGAAUGUGGUCAUUGCCGUGCAUGUAAACGAACCCUGUCUUUAUUAACCCAGUGUGAGCAGACGGCUUAUGAACCCCAUUUCAUUUCUCUCUCUCUAGAGGUUAUAGUUACCACCAAUGUAAGGUACCGUCAG